AUGGCUAUUAUCGGGAGGUUAUGGGAAAAGGGAGUGGUGGAGAUUGCGAAGAAAGCGAAGAAAAUGGGAGAAGAUGAUCCAAGAAGGAUUAUUCAUUCACUGAAAGUUGGAUUGGCUCUAACACUGGUUUCCAUGUUCUACUACUUUCGACCGCUUUACGAUGGUUUUGGUGUGGACGCAAUGUGGGCCAUAUUGACCGUGGUGGUGGUCUUCGAGUUCUCUGUUGGAGCAACACUAGGGAAAUGCUUGAAUAGGAUGGCGGCAACGCUGGUAGCUGGGGCACUAAGUGUUGGCGCACAUCGCAUGGCAACUCUUUCUGGUGGAAUAGGGGAGCCCAUUUUGCUGGCUUCCUCCGUCUUUCUAGUUGCGGGGAUUGUGACAUUCAUGAGAUUCUAUCCAGCAUUGAAGGCGAGGUAUGAUUAUGGGCUGAUGAUAUUCAUAUUGACCUUCUGUUUGGUAACUGUUUCGAGUUAUCGGGAUAAUGAGGUACUGAAAAUAGCACAUGAGAGGCUAUCAACCGUUGCCAUUGGAUGCGGCACUGCCAUGGCUGUUUGCGUUUGUAUUUGUCCUGUGUGGAUGGGAUCCGAGCUCCAUAACUCUGUUGCUAACAACUUGGAAAAAGUUGGUAAUUCCUUGCAAGGAUUUGGAGGUGAAUAUUUUGGUAGUGUGGAGGUUGGGCAGUCAUCCACUGCUAUUGACAAGUCAUUUCUUGAGGGAUAUAAAGCUGUUCUCAAUUCCAAAAAUACUGAAGAAAACAUGGCUAAUUUUGCAAGAUGGGAACCAUGUCAUGGGAAGUUUAGGUUUCGCCAUCCAUGGAAACAAUACCUAAAAGUUGCAACUUUAACAAGGCAAUGCGCCUACAAAGUUGAAGCUCUUAACUCCUAUCUCAACGCUGAAAUUCAGACACCUGAUGAAAUCAAAAGCAAAAUCCAAGAGCCUUGCACAAAAAUUUGCUCAGAGUCUGGUAAAGCAUUGAAGGAAGUAGCAGUGGCAAUGAGAAAAUGGACAAGGUCAACAUCAGCUAUUUGUCCACAUGUUACAUUCUCAAGGAAAGCUUCUGAGGACCUCAAAUCCAUGCUCAAGACAGCUUUGUGGGAAAAUGGUUAUUAUGUGCUGGACAUAACACCAGCUGCCUCAGUAGCUUCACAUCUAAUCGGCGUGGUUUCAUGUGUGGAGAAACUCGCCGAGGCUGCUAAUGAACUUGCCUCCCUUGCACAUUUCAAUAGCAUGGAAGCUUCAACAGUUUCCCCAGAACAGCAACAACAACCGGCACAUUUGCUCCACCAAGGAACAGUGGUUCCAGUACUACUAGUUCCAGAAGAAUCUGAUCAAAUUGUCAUUACAAUUGAUAAUGAAGGGCCUCCAAAUUUGCCUCAAAUUGAUAAUAAUAAUAAUAAUGACAACAACAACAAUAAUAAUAACAAUAAUUCAUAGGC